ACGCACGUGAUGUAACGGAUCCUCGCUUUGUUCACACGCACAUACCUUUACCUCAACGAUGGAUAAAAAAGACUAGUAGUAAAACAUAUGAACUGUCCUUUAGUUCCUCCCACUGAUUACACCGUACAUGUCAUAAUAGCAUUGCGGACAUAUCCAGUGUAUGAACUAAACUUUGUCGCUGACUCAUAACACUCAUUCAAAUUUCGGGUAGGAAACAAUUGGACACGCACGCACGAUAUCUUUCCGAGGCAUUACACAAAUCUCUGAGCUUUGUCAUGUGAAAAGGAACAGAAUGAACAGUAUGAACAGUGGCCGAGACUAGUGCCAGGAGUUGGCUACACUUUUUUGUUUCACAGGGCGGUCUGAUUGGCAUGAACAACCCCGAGCGCAGCGCCGCGGAUGAGACAUUGCGGAAUAGAGAGGAGACACGACACACUGCCGAGUAAACACAGCUGGAUUUGCUCUUCUUCAGUCGAGUCCUUUCACACUUUUGUCAUAAACGUGUCUGAAACGUAGUUGCUUGCUGAUAAACUGCCAGUGGAAUGCACCUGGAUUAUCUGACCCCAACACACCUGGUUAAAAAUAAGUACCAACGGAAAACACCAACGGACCACCCUUUUUCUGACAUUAGGCCUACAAUGCCGUCUUGCUCAAUAUGUCUACUCUGAAACAGGUUAUAGUGCAUGAGAAUGGCCAGGACACAGAGAAAAGUUUGGACUGGAGUUGCACUGAGUGGCUAGAGAAUGAGAACAAGGCUGUGAUGGGGGUGACCAAUGUUGAGACGCAAACGGUCUCAAAACCCACCGACGAUAAGGAGACGCAGACCAGCAACCCGUUUAUCAUGCAUAUAGAUUUGGCCAGAACGCACUCCAAACUAAAACACGCGUCUUUGGUCGACGCCAACGGCUUGCUCACCCAGUUCGACCGACAGGCCCCGGCUCGCAUCUCCACGUCCCCCACCUUGAGGAGGAUGAGGAGCACGCGACGUCCGCAGGUAGACUUCCGUGACCCGAUGAGGAUGGAUAGCACACAAGAGGAGUCGGGUACGGAAGAGACACCAUCCCUUUUGAGUCCCCUGUCCCCAGUACACAGGCACAAGUCUCCGCUGGCGGCCUGUCCCACUCCCGAUGGAGGAAACCACCACGAUAAUCAGCCCAAUUCAUCUGCAGGCCAGGGGAAAAGCAGAUCGCAUAGAUCAAAGACUUUUAACAAUGGUAUCACUUGCACGAGACAAGAAUCUCUGUCUGCACGUGUUGUGCAAAGAUUUAGUAAAGACUUUGAAUUUCCUGAUGAUAGCGAUGAUCAGGACAGGGUUUGCCAUAAUAGACUACAGGAGAGGAGGCGGAGUUCUGUGGUGGUCAGUCUACCCGGAUUGGACGUUUCGCCGGGGGACCUGUUUGUGUCCAAUGGGGUGGCGGACAUACUGAACUUCUCAGACACCAAGAAACCCAAGUGGCCUUUCUCCAGACGUGGCACGACUAAAGGGAAGACUACAUGCACUGCAUCUGAUAUUGAGAAAUAUCUAUUGAAGGAACAGAUUCAAGACUGGAGGGACACAGACUUCCAGAAGUACAAGGACUGUUCUCUAGAGGAGUUCCUGAGGGACUGCGAUUCAUCUCAGCUGAUGUCUGACUGUGACCCUCAAGACUACAAGAGACAGGAAGCCAUCUGGGAACUCUUUACCAGCGAGUGUGUUUACUUCCUGGAUCAGCUCAUGGUGCUCAAAGAGGUGUUUCUGGCCACGCUGACCAACCUGCAGAUGAGGGACUACCUGUCAGACGUGGACACUUGGAGGCUGUUUGCCAACCUCAACGAGCUGUGUCUGGUGAGCUUUGGCUUCCUCACCAGCCUGCUGCAUGUCAUCAAGGAGUCCUGGAAGAUCCCAGUAGCAGGGGCCGGGCCCACCCUGCUGGAGCUCCUCCACAAGGCGAUCCGGGAGAGCAUAUGCCACUGUCUGCAGAAGUACUGCCUCAACUAUUCCACUGCACUCUUUUAUCUGGACAGCCUGAAGCACAGAGAGGACUUUGGCUCCUACGUGAAGUGGUGUGAGAGGAACCAGGAGUGUCGGAGGCUGCAGUUGCGUGACCUGUUGGUGGCGCCGUUGCAACGUCUGACCCGCUACCCCCUGCUGCUGAAGAACGUGGGGAAGAGGAGCCGGACGGAGGAGGAGGAGAGCGCCCUGCAGAGUGUGGUGGAGCAGGUGGACACCUCCAUAUGUGAUCUGGAGGGCAAAGUCAAAUGGCUGGACAACUACCAGAAGGUGAAACAGCUGAGAGAUGCCCUGGUGUGGCUGCCAGUGUGGGAGAGAGACAAGCGGGCCUUCGUCCCUGAGAAUUUGAAGCAUCUCCUGAAAGCGGUCACCCUCGAAAACCUCAUCGCUCAUCGGAGCCUGCUGCAUGAGGGCAAACUAGUGCUCACAGAGAAUGCCAAGCUGCACGAUGUGUACCUGUUUCUCUUUGACGAUUUCCUCCUCAUCACCAAGAUCAAGAGGAACAAGAAGAAGUCCACAGGUCCUGAACAGAAUCCUUUGCGCCUCCCUCAGAACCAGGAGUUGGACCAGCUGCUGAAGGAGGGCUGUACCUUCACCGUCCUGGACCAGCCCAUCUCGCUGGACCGCCUCCAGCUCAGGAGCGUAGACCAACUCAACGCAGCAGUGUCAGGGCUACCCCAAUCCUUCAUCAUCAUGCACCAGAACCGCUACCAGCAGUGUAUCGCUGCCUUCAUUCUACAAGCGCCGUCCGAGGCCGUCAAGAGGGUGUGGAUGUCAGAGAUAGAGGGCGCAGUGAUGACACUGAAUUCCCAGCAGCCUCCCCGGGUGAAGAGCUCCUCACUGUGGGUAGAGUCCUCCCAGAUCUGAGCCAUCUGAAGUUCACUACAACAGGGGACCACAAAUACUGCUUCUGGGGCCUCCCACUAUAGGUCCUGAACCAUAGGUGGCUAUGAUUUUCUUUUCACACUGUCCUUUCCAGCAGAGUUCUAGAAUUGUGGUGGAUAUGUAACCAGGCCAGCCCAGGACAACUUGGCUUGGCUCAGUUUGGCUGUAGUGUGAAAGGGGUAUACGUAUGCAGGUUCUAAGUACAUACCAGCACAAAUGCACUUGAUUAAACUAGCUAGUUGUCGAGACAUUUGAUUAGUUUAAUCAGGUGCGUUGGUUGGUGCUGGGCUGGAAUGAAAACCUGCACUCCUGGUGAAUUUCUCCAGUACCAGGGUUGGUGACCACUGCCCUAGACAAGGACUAUUACUCUGUCAUGCACUGUAGUUCCGCCUAAGCCGUUGUAAAGUAUUAGCAGGAUAAUUUGUAAAAUUCAUGUUUGCUUUGAAAUUGCAUUGUGGUACCAUAAGAUAACAAUAAAUUGUUGAAAAUGA